GCCCAUAUUAUAGACAAUGUAAAUGUUGUGUCUUUUUCAUUAAUAGUCUCUUCAAGUCUCAUAUUUUCAAUUGAUAGUUUAUAUUUAUGCUUCCUGUAUCCAGUACUGUGCUUUUGUCUACACUACAUUUUUCUACAUCAUCUGUCAUGUGUUUUUCUAGUCUUGAAUUUUAUGUCAUGUUUUUUAAUUUCAUUUGCUGCUUCUACAAUAUUUGCCAAUCCACCUAAUUUGGUUUAGUUUGUAAACCUGUCUAGUUUAAUAACUGUACCAGAAUCAUGGAUGGGAAGGAAGAGCAGUGGUCCUUGUACUGAUACUUGUGGUACUUCACUAAUUACAUCACCACAAUUUGUGCAUUCUCAUCUCAACAGUAUCCUCACACUAUCCUUACAGCAUUCCCAUUUGUAUCCUCUGUUUUCUAUCCCUUAAUCAGGUUUCAAACACAAAUUUCCACUAAAAUUUCCACUGACACUGUAUUUCCCUCUGUUGCAUGGGUGACAUACUGUAUGAAGAUGUAUUUGAAGGCAACACUAAACCUUUAAAAUACGUUUGUGUCUUGUGGUCGUUUAAGGAUAGAGAAUACACACUACAACAGUCUGACAAAAAAAGGCUACACAUAAAAUCUAUUGUAUACAAGUGCAGACACACGGGAGCAAUGGGGCAUAACUUCAUGAGAAAUUAAUUCAUGAAAACGUAAGCUGUAACCAUGUAUAUUUUGUAGGUUAGAAAUUGGCUUGUCACCAGAAUCUAAUCUAAACCACACAAUUAUUGUGCGUCUUCGAAUAGCAUAGUGGAUGUUUUCAGACUGUAACAUAAAUCGAGCAAUAUUCAUAAAUAUGGCACAGCAAGGAUUCACGGAUUCUGGGCCUGUAACCGAAGGGCUGGAGGUUUGAGUCCUGGGAGACACACAGUACAGUCCACAGCUGCAUACAGUACAUCGACGCAAAUCUAAGCUACUCUGUGUAAAAGUAUCAGUCAAAAUAAAAAGUAAAUACUAUCAUAUUGAGAUUAUGCUUGAUCCACCUUAAAAAGAAAAAAAACGUAAGGUCUUACAUAGGAAACUAUUUGAGAACCAAUACACACAUCAUCAUAAACUGUACACUUUGUAGCUGCUGGGAAAUGUAUGAAUAACAUUCAUGCCUUCACAACUCAAGGAUGUAAAAGUAUAGUGCUUCUAUAGUUUAAUGUGCUGUAGUAUGUCUUUACUAUUCAGGUUGAAGAAAAGGUCCGUCCCUUGCCCCCAGCUUGGCUGUGGCAGACGGGCGCUUGCGGCUGAGGGAGGGACCGGGGAGGCGCCGGGCGUACGGAGACGUUACGUCCUGACGGAGCUGCGCACGCAUUGCUUGUUUCUGUUGAGCCGAGAAAGCCACGGCUGUAAUUCUCUUUUUUUAUAUGCUGUUGGGUCUGAGCCGUCGGGUUCUGGUGUCGUCUGUGAAAGUCUUAGUCCCUGAAACACAGGUUUCGCUUUCCACCCUCAUUUUCGUGCGCUCUGCAGCCCGGGUGCCAGUCAGUCCGAGUCACCGCGCCGUCUCCGCCAGCAGCCUCAGCCGAGCUCCAGCCGCAGACACCAUGCCCGAGAGGAGGCCCUUCGAGCGGCUGCCCACUGACGUCUACCCCGUCAAUUACGGGCUCUGCCUGAAGCCCGACCUCAUCGACUUCACCUUCGAGGGCAAGCUGGAGGCCAUCGUGCAGGUGACACAGGCGACAAAUCAGAUUGUAAUGAACUGUGCUGAUAUUGACAUAAUCACAGCAUCAUUCGUGCCCGAGGGAGGAGAAGAAAUAAAUGCUACAGGAUUCAACUAUCAAAAUGAGGAUGAAAAAGUUACUUUGUCAUUCCCAAGUGUUUUAAAAAGAGGUUCUGGUACUCUAAAGAUAGAUUUUGUUGGAGAACUCAAUGACAAAAUGAAAGGUUUUUACAGAAGUAAAUAUGCAAUUCCUUCAGGAGAAAUACGCUAUGCUGCUGUCACACAAUUUGAGGCUACCGAUGCUCGCAGAGCUUUCCCAUGCUGGGAUGAGCCAGCGAUCAAAGCCACAUUUGACAUCAUACUGAUUGUUCCAAAGGACAGGGUAGCUUUGUCAAAUAUGAAUGUUAUUGAACGAAAGCCAUAUCCUGAAGAUGAUAACCUUUUAGAAAUAAAGUUUGCUAGAACACCGAUAAUGUCCACGUAUUUAGUAGCAUUUGUUGUAGGGGAGUAUGACUUUGUUGAAAGCAAGUCAUCUGAUGGUGUGAUAGUUCGUGUUUAUACACCAGUUGGGAAAGCGGAACAAGGGAAAUUUGCUUUAGAGGUAGCAACCAAGACCUUACCUUUCUACAAAGAUUAUUUCAAUGUUCCAUACCCUCUGCCUAAAAUUGAUCUUAUAGCUAUUGCCGAUUUUGCUGCUGGUGCCAUGGAGAACUGGGGCCUAGUUACAUACAGAGAGACAGCGCUGCUCAUUGACCCUAAGAAUUCCUGCUCCUCCUCGCGACAGUGGGUGGCCUUAGUGGUUGGCCAUGAGCUGGCUCACCAGUGGUUUGGAAACCUGGUCACUAUGGAAUGGUGGACCCAUCUUUGGUUAAAUGAAGGCUUUGCCUCCUGGAUUGAGUACCUGUGUGUUGACCACUGCUUCCCGGAGUACGACAUCUGGACACAGUUUGUCUCGGCUGACUACACACGAGCGCUAGACCUUGAUGCCUUGGACAACAGCCAUCCCAUUGAGGUCAGUGUAGGACACCCAUCGGAAGUUGAUGAGAUCUUUGAUGCAAUCUCCUACAGUAAAGGAGCAUCUGUAAUCCGUAUGCUUCAUAACUACAUAGGGGAUGAGGACUUCAGGAAAGGAAUGAAUGCCUACCUUACAAAGUUUCAACACAGAAACGCAUCAACAGAGGACUUGUGGGAGUGCCUGGAACAAUCAAGUGGAAAACCAAUAGCUGCUGUUAUGAGCACGUGGACCAAACAAAUGGGAUUUCCCAUUAUUGUUGUGGAUCAAGAGCAGCAAGGAGAAGACAGGGUGCUGAAGUUGUCCCAGAAGAAGUUCUGUGCCAGUGGGCCAUACAAUGGUGAUGAGUGUCCAAGCUGGAAGGUGCCCAUCAGUAUCUGCUCCAGUGAUGACCCCAGCUGCACCAAGCUGAGUGUGCUGCUGGACAGUCCUGAAACCACUGUCACUGUGAGAAAUGUGGGACAAGAUCAGUGGGUUAAGAUCAACCCAGGGACGGUGGGAUUCUUUCGCAUCCAGUACAGUCCCGCCAUGCUGCAGAGCCUGCUGCCCGGCAUCCGCGACCUCACGUUGCCACCUGUUGACAGGCUGGGCCUGCAGAACGACCUCUUCUCCCUGGCCAGGGCCGGUAUGAUCAGCACAGUGGAGGUAUUGAAAUUGAUGGAGGCCUUUGUCAAUGAGCCCAACUACACCGUGUGGAGUGACCUGAGCUGCAACCUGGGCGUCCUGUCCUCCCUUCUGUCACACACCGACUAUCACGAGGAAUUACAGGAGUUCAUCCGUGACCUCUUCACCCCUAUUGGGCAGAAGCUGGGCUGGGACACCAAGCAGGGGGAGGGACACCUGGAUGCUCUCCUCAGGGGCCUGGUGCUGGGCAAGCUGGGCAAAGCCGGACACAAGCCCACCCUGGACGAGGCACGCCGCCGCUUUAAGGAUCAUGUUGAGGGGAAACAGAUGCUCUCUGCUGACCUCAGGAGCCCGGUCUAUUUAACAGUAUUGAAGCACGGAGACAGUACAACUUUGGACACUAUGCUGAAGCUCCACAAACAAGCAGACAUGCAGGAAGAGAAAAAUCGCAUUGAGAGAGUGCUGGGAGCCAUUUCUGCCCCUGAUCUCAUCCAAAAAGUGCUGAACUUCGCUCUGUCGGAGGAGGUGCGUCCCCAGGACACGGUGUCCGUCAUAGGGGGCGUGGCAGGCAGCAGUAAACAGGGCCGGAAGGCAGCCUGGAAAUUUGUGAAGGACAACUGGGAGGAGCUGCACAACCGCUACCAGGGAGGAUUUCUGAUAUCCAGGCUGAUCAAGCUUACUGUAGAUGGUUUUGCUGUAGAUAAGAUGGCUGCAGAAGUGAAGAGCUUCUUCGAGAGCCACCACGCCCCCGCAGCCGAGCGGACGGUGCAGCAGUGCUGCGAGAACAUCCUCCUGAACACCGCCUGGCUGAAGCGUGACGCCGAGGACAUCCACCAGUAUAUCCUGCAGCGCCGAGCCCCACCCAGCGCCGCCGUCUGACGCCCUGCGGCCCGCGCCGUCCCGCAACCGGGCCAGGGGCCGAGGGAGGAGUCAGCCACGCUCUCCUGACUCCACUUCUCCACAUCAAGUAGACAGGACUGGUUGGAAAAUGAAUGUAGUUAACCCCAUUCUGCCCACGCCAGAUUGUUUUCCCCAGACGGAACCGUGCUUGCAAGUAACUAAGCAACAUAACUUAAAACACACAACAUAACAUUGUUGGUGUGAAAUGAUUCUGGCCAAUUUUGUUUCAUAUUGACAUAAGUGGAAAUGUUGCAUUGUUGAGCGUACUGUGAAAUGAUGAAUUUGCUUUUCUGGAAACAAAGCGUCAAGCGACCACGAGGCAGCUCUGGCACCUCACUGGGGGUCAGGCGGUCAAGUGGAGCUGGGCAGGAUGGGCUUAACUUCUCCUCGCGCGGAGAGCAGCCGUUAGCACACAGCAGCGCUGAAGGGUGAUGCUGAGAAUAGCUCAGUGGGAAUGGCUGAAACUAGCAUGGAACUUGAUAUGUAUCUAUCCAGUGUUUAUUCACGCAAGACUUCUCACUCAAGAAUGGUGAUGUACAUGAUUUUCUUCCCUCCUCCGUUUCGUAGCCCUUUUCCAGAAGGACUCUUUUCUUUUCCAUGGUCCCACACCUCCUUGACCCUGAGCUGCGUCCUCUGUAGAGCAGCACAGAGCCUCUGCCUGGAAACACAUCUGUGUAUCAGCCACAUUAAAUAAAAUUAGAUACAGAUAUUUUAGUAGAUUUAGCAAUUGUUUUAAAGUUGUGAAACUCAUGAAAAGUUCUUCAAAGCGAUUUGGGCCUUUUAAAUGACAUUUACAGAUAAUGCUGCAUAUUAAAUUAGUUUUAAAGAAAUGAAACUUUCAGGCCCUGAGAACUUUGCCACAAAGUAACUAGGAUUUCACGGCUAUUGAAUUAAGAAGCCUUAAAUUGGUUAAACUGGUUUGCAAUAAUUAUUACACUGUGAAGUGGUAAUAGUUACUACACUGAAAAUAAAGCAAUGUUGUACUAACAUUACAAAUCUACGUGUAGACUUGUUGAAAGGAUAUAUUUACAUACAAUUUGCUAUUUAGUGUGGCUUUGAACCAUACUGGAGAAGGUCAUCAAACUAAUUGUCAAAUUGCUUCCCUGAAACAUCUGUUGUGCUUUUGUUUAAAAAACGGUUGGUGUUCAUAAAAUAAAAAAUCAACAAGAAGUGUCAA